GCCGCGUUGAACAGAGGCUCGGGGAGCACCCAGUGAGAAUGGAGAGUCUUUAUGGAAGUGCCCCAUCACUUACAAGCAGAAGGUUCCCCAUUGAAGAGCGUAUAGAGAACCAGAAAGCCCAGAAGAAUGAGGAUGAGAAUUUCUAUGUAUCCUGUCGAGCCGCAUACCUCACCAUCUUCAAGACCAGCCUGGAAAACAUCACAGACAAAGAGCAGCUGCAGUUAGUUCUCCAACAGGCCGGACGUAACCCAUCAAAGGGGACUCUCAGCAAGUACUGGACUGCAAAGACCAAAGAAUUAAAUUUUGAUGAUUUUUGUGCCAUCGUUAAAAGAGAGAAAUCUGCCUCAAAGGCUGACCUGAUGAAAGCCUUCCGAAAAAUGGAUCCUGGAAACAAAGGAUAUGUGUUACACGAUGACCUGUAUAAAAUCCUCACCUCAAAAGGGGAGAAGAUGUCGCCAGAAGAGGUGAACGCGGUCCUUCACUUAGUUGAUGUAAACAGCGGUGGCAAGCUUGACUACAGUAAGUUCUGCAACGUGUUCUUCAAUACUUGUGACCAAUGUGCCAAGAUGGCAGCUGAGAAAAUGAACGCAAACAGUCGGGCCAGACGUCAGCAAUUUGGGAGCCAAGUCGCGACGUCUCCGGAACGCUCACCUUCUCCUCGGACACCACGUGAUGGAGAAACGGCGCCUAGAAAAGCUGACAGCAAAUCUCCGAGACCUUCAUCAGCUCGGAACUACAAAGCCACAAUAUGUACCAUCGCCAACAUGGGACCGCCCAGUGCCAGGAACUCCAAAGUAGUGGAACCAAAUAGCCUACAGGAAUGGCCGAGUUCCCAGUUAAAAGGAUGCUUUUUCCUUGAAGACACAGGAAUCGUUAGCCAUUACUAUAAGCUGCAACUGUCUCUGAGAACUACAGUCUAUAUGACAAUCAAACCCUUAAAUCUUAGCAGGGUGGAAGGAAAAUCUUCCCCAUGGAUGUCAGUGGACACUGCUCUGUAUAUAUUAAAGGAAAGCGAUGGAAAAGGAGAUCCUCAACUCAUCUCUUUCACGGAAGUGCGGAAUAAAGACGCAUUUGUCUGGAAGGGUGAGCUCGGAAUCGGCUCUUACACACUUUUACCGUUCACAACAGGCUGCAAAUUGACUAAAAAGAAAAAAACAAAUUGUGAAAGAGGCCAAACUAGUUUACAGAAAUGAAAAGGAAGAUUUAGUUCUCACUCCGGAGUUCAGAUCUGCUCUGUCCGACAUGUUUGACAUCAUUGAUUUAGACAGCAAUGGUUCUCUCAGCCUAGAGGAAUAUAAUUUCUUUGAGAUGCGGACCAGUGGUGAGAAAUGCGACAAUGACGCCUGGGAGGUUUGCAAAGAGAAUUUUGAAACAAAGAAAAAUGAGCUUACGAAGAAAGGUUUUCUGGAUCUAAACCUUAUGGAGGCAAAUGACCGAGAAGGCGACCCAAGUGACCUCUGCGUGACGCUGCAGUCCAUGGGUUACAACAAGGCCCUGGAACUGACAGAGGCAUGUCCAUUCAUUGUUGAUAUUUAUGCAGAAAAGUGCAAACCCAGACUGAGCGCUGUGAGCCUGGCAUCCAGCAAUCGGCAGCUGCAGAAGGUGCUUUGUAAGUCUGCAAUUCUGAAAGGAGAGGCCAAGCCCAUGGAAGGUUAUGAAAGCGUUGUUAUCCACACAUACAAGAAUGACACCAGAAUUACUUCUGUUAUUGAGAAUAAGGCAGAUAAGAAGAUCAUGAUGCAGGUGAACAAUGACCAGAGCAAGAACUGCGUCAGCAGCCGAGGACUCAGUGUGUUCGCUGUGGAAGUGCCUGCAAAAUCAACCGUGGUGUCUCAGCAUGUCAUGGCCCUGAACGAGAGACAGGAGUGGUUGUAUAACUGCAUACAGAGUGUUCUGUCCUGA